CAUUUUUUCGUCUGUUUAUGGUAUUUGUGUGCCUUUAAUUUGCUGUUAGCAUGUCUGUGGUUGUUGUGUGUCUCUUUACAGUUGUUAAUGGACGUUUGUGUUCAUUUUUUGUGAUAAUUAUUAAUGUGUGUGGGCGGUUUUGAAUCUUUGUCUUUCGGUCUUUUUGUUCUGUUCAUUUUUUUUCGCCAGUUUACGGUCAUUUUGUUGGUUGUUUGUGGUGUUUUUGUGUCUUCUUGGUUACACAACUUUCACACAGGAUCCAUGAACAGUCACCGAGGCUCUGAUACAGCUCUGACUCCUCGGGUCCCCGGGUCUGAACAGGGUCCAGAGGCUUGAAUGCGGUGUGGACAAAGUCAUGAAGAAGUCGUGUACGUCUCUGGUUCAGUGAAUGAAUGGAGGAAGCCGACGGUUGAUCACUGAAGGCGGCGAGGAGAAGCAUCAACAGCGGACGGUGUGUUUACAACUUGAGCUGCUUGUCGUGUGGAGCUAAGAGACGGAGACACGUCCAGACGUGGAUUCGCUGGUCUAAAGUCAAUGGACACACUCUCCUCCUCGUUUUAAUCCCAUUCUUGCGCCGAGCCGAGGCGAGCUGACUAACGUUGUUCACUGGACGUCGUCGAAAUUUCUUGUUUUCAGCAACAGGUCAUUUAGCGCCUUUGUUUGUGCUGCGUCCAAACUUGCAGCUUCACCGCCUGUGGUUGUCGGAACGGCGUUAACUCCUGGUCACAUGAAGCGAGGGAUGCGUUUUUGCCACUCUUUCCCGUGCGUUCACCGUGCAGCUUUGUGCUCGCCACCGACCAGACUGUGCAGUCUGUGCGCACUGAGGAGGGCGACAGCGGCAGAAACAUUUGAAAAUGUCUUAUUGGAAAGAGCUCAUUAAACGUGAUUGAGACUGAGACACGCGGACACAGACCUUCGAGGAGCCGGUGCUGGGGUUUUUUCUUCCGAACCAACAAGCAUCGCAUGCCUACAUGGUGCCAAACAAGUGGAGCAUGAAUUCAGUUCUGCACAAGUCGCCACCAAGAAGCUGGCUUGGUCUCAGAUUACGACUGAAUGACAAGCCUGUCCAGGAGGAGGACUGGGUGGUGUGCCAGCACCCUGAGUGUCCCGAGCGCCGGAGGGCCUCCAAGGUUUGCCACCACCCAGACUGUCAAGACCUGAAUAGCAAAGGCCCCCUUCAUCUGUGUGAGUCAUGUGACUCGCGCUGCCAUUCGGAGAACACUGACAACAUGCACUUUGACCGGCACCCCCGAUUUGACUUACAACCUCAAGCCUCCAUCCUGGCUCGGAACGUGUCCACACGCUCUUGUCCCCCACGCACCAGCCCUCCCCCCGACCUGGAGGAAGAGGACGAGGGGAGCAACGACCGUGGGGAACGCAAAACAGGGGGAUUGAAGUUGGUGAAAAAGAAGCCACGGAGACGACACACUGAUGACCCCAGUAAGGAGUGCUUCAGCCUCAAGUUUGAUCUCAACGUGGACAUAAACACAGAAAUUGUACCUGCGAUGAAAAAGAAAAGGCUGAGAGAGGUGCUAGGGCCAGUGUUUGAGAGGAAAGGAAUUGAACUGUCCCGGGUCGACCUGUUCCUGGAUCAGUCCAACACGCCUCUGUCUCUCAACUUCGAGGCUUACCGCUUUGGAGGACACUACCUCAAAGUCAAAGCACGACCAGGUGAUGAGCUGAAGGUGGAGCAGGGUGUGAAGGACAUGAGGUCACUCAGCCUGCCCAACAUGAAGCCAGGUCAGAGCCCCUACAUCCUCACCCCAGGCAGUGAGAAGAUGGAACAUGGAUCCCUGGGACGCAGAGAAAGUAUAGAUCUGCUGGGUCAAGCACGUCGGAGGAAGAACAUGACAGAGUUCCUGGGUGAGACGAAUAUCCCGACCCCGGAUACUCUGGGACAGAUCGGUGGCUCGUUGCCUGGUGUCGGUGCUGGGCCCGACAGCUGGAAGAAUCGCGCUGCCAGUCGCUUCAGUGGCUUCUUUAGCUCCGGUGCUGGAGCGGGGCCCUUUGGCAAGGAGGUGGACCGUCUGGAUCAGCUCCAGAGCAAGCUCCACUCGUACAUGUUGUUCGGGCUGCCCAAAGUGCCGCGGCAGCUCUCCUUCCACCAGGACUCCUGGGAGGAGGAGGAGGAGACCAACCUGGCCCUGGAGGACAGCUGGCAGUUACUACUGGACAACUCAGAGACACUGACACGGCGCCAGUUUCACCAGCAGGAGGCAAUAUGGGAGCUGCUGCACACGGAGGCCACCUACAUAAAGAAACUUCGUGUCAUCACUGAUCUGUUCCUGUGCGGCCUGCUGAACCUGCAGGAGAGCGGUCUGCUGACGGAGGUGGAGCCCGCCAAGCUGUUCAGCAACAUCCAGGAGAUUGUCCGCCUCCACAUGUCCCUGUGGAACCAGGUCAUGCUGCCUGUGCUGGACAAGGCCAGGCAGGCGCGGACUUUGCUCGACCCCACUGACCUCCACCAUGGCUUCAUGACAUUUGGCUUCAGGUUCCAGCCCUACAUCAGGUACUGCAUGGAGGAAGAAGGCUGUAUGGAGAACAUGCGCACACUUCUCAGGGACAACGAGCUCUUCAGGACCUACGUCACGUGGGCAGAGACUCACAAGCAGUGUAACCGUCUGAAGUUGGCUGACAUGUUGGCAAAGCCUCACCAGAGACUUACCAAGUAUCAACUCCUGCUGAAGAGCAUUCUCAAGAAGACCGACGAGCCCUCCGCCCGUGACAUCAUCAGUAACAUGGUGGCCACAGUCGAGGGCUUCAUCAACAGUGUGGACUCCCAGAUGCAACAGCGUCAAGAGCAACAGAAGCUAGCCACCAUCUCUGCCCGCAUUGACUCCUAUGAGGCUGUAGAGGGCAGCAGUGAGGAGGUGGAGAAGAUCCUCAAGGAGUACAGCCACUUUGACCUCAUGGCUCCCAUGAGGGGGAUCUCACCAGAGGAAACCCGACAGCUGCAUCUUGAGGGAGCGCUAAGGAUGAAAGAGGGCAAAGACAGUCGGAUGGACGUCUACUGUUUCCUGUUCACUGACCUGCUGUUAAUUACCAAGCCAGUAAAAAGAGUGGAAAAAGUCAAAGUCAUCCGACAGCCACUCCUCAUGCACAAUGUUGUCUGCAAGGAGCUCAAAGACCCUGGAUCGUUCAUCCUCAUCUACCUCAAUGAGUUCAAGAGUGCAGUGGCAGCCUACACUUUACAAGCCAACAGCGCCAUCCAGGGGCGCAGCUGGAUCGAUGCAAUCUGCAACGUCCAGAACCAGCUCCACAGGCUUCGCUCUGAGGAGGUUGUCCGACAGCAGAACAGGCUGAAGACAUGCACAGGUGAAGGGGGGGAGGAGGAGGAGGAAGACGAGAGCAGCAACUCUACCGAAAGUUCCCCGUGCUUGCGGCACAAUAAACAGCAAAGCUUAAGUCAAUCGGAUGGUUCCACUGAGACGCUGUCAGUGAUCGACAUUGGCGAACCAGGAGAGAACAACGAGCCUCCUGCCUCCAACAUGAACCUGGAGAGGACCACUAAAACAGACUCAGACUCUGAUGCAGCUCUACAGUGUGAGGGUCCUGAGGUCCAGCAGUCUCAGUCCAUGAGCGUCCACAGUGCCCACUCCACUAUUUACUCUGAGCACGAUCAGGAAGCACAGGCUGACGGCGAGGAGCUGGACCCUCAGUGUCGCUCUCUCUCCAUGGACAGCGCUUAUGGCACGCUCUCUCCUGAAUCCCUGCUGAGAGAAUUACACCCUCAGCCUGGCCAAAGUGAAGGAGAGGAGACUGAGGAGGAGGAAGGAGAGGAGGAAGAGCAGGGACGAGGAGAUGUUGAUGAGGUAGAAGGUGAGCAGGAGGAAGAAGAAGAAGAAGAAGCAGCAGAGGAGGAGGAGGAAGACACUGCCUCAUUGGGGUCUCAGCUGUCAGUAAUUCAGUCCUCUAAACCUCGCCGAUGGCCUCAUGUUCAGUCACGACUCGACUGCCUCCAGAGGUUGUCCACUCUGUCCUUAUCCCGCUCUGAGGACAAUCUCCUCCAGCGCGUCCACUGUAAAACGCCCUUGACACACAAACUCUCACUUGACACCGAAGAACAGGGCCAGACAAAAUGCAGGGACAAGAACACGUCGACGCUGGCACAUAGUAAGAGUCUGUCAGAACUGGGCCAGAACUGCGUCAAGUUGCUCCCCAGUGACCUCCAGCAGUCGGAAGACUGCUUGGGCAUGACCGUGCCGUCUGACAAAAUCUGUGCCAGCCUGAGGAGGGCGGAGGCCAGGCAUAGUCACAGGGCGCCAGCCGGACAAUGUCAAGACAAUGUAUCGCAAAGCAAUACUUCGGAUGGGGAAAGCUCUCCGUCUGCCUGCGUAGACAGGAAAAACCAGACAACUGCCGACAGUGAAUCAGGGGAAACGUCGCCCAAGAAGAGGAAAUCUCCUGCCCAGCAGCACAAGAAGCUGACAUUAGCGCAGCUGUACAGGAUACGCACCACUCUUGUCCUCAAUUCCACACUCACUGCAUCGGAGGUAUAACCACUGUUCUAAACAGCUGACCAGUGGAAUGCGGACGUCAUAAGGAACAAGGACGUGUUUUGCGUGGAUGGACUGAAUUUCUUGAGACACAGAUGCACUCUCUCUCUCUCUCUCUCAUACUGCGCUCUCCUUUCCUGUUGCUUUUUGGACUGUGACUCGACCACUUUAAGAUCCUUGUGUUUUUCCUUUGCUGACGCACUGGUUCACAAACGUUCCUGAAAUGGGAAGGAGAGGCAGAGAGACGUUAAAUUGCUUGCACUUUGCAACGGAAGUAGUGUUAUAGGGGCUGGGACCUUAGGGUGGACUGGGAGAGUGUGCAGGGCCUUUGGGUGUGCUGCCCCCUGCAGGGUGAGGAGCCAUCUGGACGUAAGUCUUCAAAAUGUAUCGGCAACGGAGAAGAGUUGAGGCUGAAUCCUCUUUAAAAAAAAAACACUCUCUGCUUGUGGAUGAAACAAAAACACAGCACCUAGGAUGUCCUCCUAAUAUUUGUACUACUCCUGGUUUGAAAAGAGAAAAAAAAAAAAUGAAACUUGCACAGUUAUCUUCGUUGAGUAGAAGUAUCACAAAGGAGUGAAAUUACAUUUACAGUCACGAUGAUUUUGAAUUUAUUGUUUGUAUCCAUGUUUGUGUCCGCCUGUAUUCUAAUGUCCAUGUGUGGGUUUGAAUGUGUCUGUGUGUGAGCGUGAGCGAGUGAGUGUCUGCGUUUGAAUGAUGCACUGUCCUCCAUUUCCUGACUGAACCAAAAUGGAUUUCCAUCUGCUGUUAAAAAAAAACUAAACGCUAACACGCCCAAAGAUGGAAAACUUGAAUAGCUCACAGAUUCACCGAAAGACGCAGUGGUCCAAUACAGCCAAUCAUACACAAAAAAAGCUACGUUACCAUGGAUACUGACUUUUUUUUUUUUCAUUUUAAUUUUCGGUUGAACUAAUGUCAUUUUGGUUGAACUAAUAAGGAUGAGUUCAUUUCUUCAAUAGCAAUGACUGAAUAUGUUUUGAGUGUUGACUCUCACCCUGAUGCCUAUAUGUACCACACACACAUGGAUAAACAUAAAAAGUCGUCAUCUACACUUAGAGAGAUUGAAAACUUUUGGGUUGAAUAUUUGACAGAAUGAGUGAAUCUGCAGAGCUGGUUUAUGUUGAGCAGCUUUUUCCAGGAGAUUUAGAAACACACACACACACACUUUUCAGAUCAGUGACUAUAACUUAAUUCCAAACUUUGCCCGUACCAAAUAGGUUACUGUUUACUUUAGUUCAUGUUUAUGUGUAAUAUUUAUUAUCUCUGCUAUGUUUUAUAUAAGAUAUUGUUUAUAUUGUUUGCUUCCAUGUGUUUUUUUUGGAUAUAGUCUUAAUCUUUGUUUUUCUUUGCCAGGCAUGAAUGUGCUAUGAACCAAAAUCAUGUGUUUCCUUUUUUUAGGAAUGACUUUAAGGUGUCUUACAAAAUAAUAAUAAAAAAAAACACAACAACUUUACAAUUCCUGUUUUAAUGGUUUAAUCCAUUGUAAUAGAGUGAUGUGGGGAGAAAAUCUGAAAGGUAUCCAUCGCAUUAAACCGACAUAAACUGGUCGUGAA